AUGAGAUGUCAAGCCGUUUUAACUCGUUGCUCCAAUGUGAUUUUUAUUCCUGUCAGUUUUAAGGCUACCUUGUGUUUACCAAGGCUCUAUUUGUCCCUAAAGGUUAUGAGUUUGAACGGAUAUCGCCAAGGAUGCUGUAAGACCGUGGACUCUAUUUCUUACGGAUUUGACAGAAAUUUACUCCAGGAUGUUAACUUUGCCUUGACGAGGCACCUAUCGUAUUCAGCUUCCAGGGCUACCAAGAGCAAGGUCACCUGGGACGACCAUGAGGAUAUUUCUGAGCUGUUGUUUGAGAAACAUAAGACACUCAACCCUCUGAGCCUGAGGUUCACGGACCUACAUGAAAUGGUCAAGGAGGUGGUCAGGAGCAGCUACGCUCUUGACAUUUCUGGCGAGUGCUCCGAGGGCGCCCUCGAGAGGAUUCAGAUGAGCUGGUUGGAACUCUAUGAGCAGGAUUAG